AUGGAGAACAUGUCGACGAUGCCAUGCGUGGCGCAGUGGCAGCAUGCUUGGCCGGGGCCGAUUCAGUUUCCACCUGACCCCGGGCCCCUUGGCAAAUACACUGCUCGUAUUUGCGGGGAGAGACUCCGUCGCUGCAUGCGGCAUAUGCCCGGAAGGUCGCGCGUGAGACUGAGGUGGUGGAGCCGGUACUGGUUUCUCGUCGGGUUGGUCCAGGAGCUGAGCGCGAAGAACAAUCGGUUGGGAGCCGAGACGCGGAAACAAGGUACAGGGCAGAACCGGUGCAUCCGGAACCUGGAGAAGCAGUUGUCGCGACGGAACAAGAAGAUCUCCAAACUCGAGGGCAGGCUCUUGCAAAAACCCGUGACGGAGGGCGCACCUCCUGCAGCUGAGCACCGUCAAGGAGAGGGAAGCAGGGCUUCUUCGCCGCCUGCAAGCACUGACGUCGGCGACGUCGACGACUCUCCGAAGGCAUUCGAUGAUUCCGAAAUCCAAGUGAAAAAUGAUGAGCAGCCCAUUCUCAAGGAAAAUUUGCCUGGAGCGCUCCGGGCCCACAUGGACGAUUACGAGGAGAUAGCAAGUCCGGUUGAGAUGCCUGACAAGCGAGAAAGCGGAGCCACAACGGACCCGAUUGGUGCACACGAGCUGGGAUUCGUCGCGGAGAAGGCCCAGGCAGCCAUCGUUCCGUUUCAUCUGUCCUUGGAAGCUGUGCAAUGCAAAGGGAAGCGGCCCCUCGCAGAGAAAUGUGCUGCCGAGGAGCCCGUGACAUUUGGUGCCGAGCCGUCGACCCCCAAAAGGAGCCGGGAGCACCGCUGCUUCGGGACACCUGACACAGCCUGCCCCGACUCUGACGACAAGCUCGAUGGACAGAGCGACAGCGAGGAUGAGCCACCGACUGGUCUGGAAUCCGCAUGGCGUGCACUGGAGAACAUCGAGCAGACCCUGCAGCAGCUGCAGCGCAGCUGCGAUCGGAUGGGUGAAUCGCAAGCCGCGGUGCAGGAUCUGCAGCUUGCCCUCGAUCGCAGCGACGUGGCGUACGGCAGUAUCGUGUCCUGCGCUGUGCAGCCCAGGCCGAGCCUGCUGGACUACCUUACCGUGGAUGAGAUUAUGGAGUGGCGCCCGACAUCCCAGAAGACCAGACGUCCCAGGGCAAGCAUUAUCAUUGAUAAGAAAGCAGACUUAGGUCUUGAUACCGAAUUGGGCAGGUUAGACAGGCCAAAGUCCAUUCUCGAUUUUUCUGCAAAAUGGAAGCGUGUGGCAAACGACCCUAUGGCCUUCGAUGCCGACACUCAGUCGGAUGUGCGGGAAAGGAAAUUCUUCGAAUGCCGCUGGUGGUGCAUGACAAUGGCGAGGGCGGGCAGAGCCAAUUUCGCAGAGAGUGAUGUCUACGAUAUCGUCAGUGCAAACCUUCGAGAUUUGUUUCUGCACUGCCGCGACGUGGAUGCAUCCGUGCGGCGGUCCGCUCACCAUGUUAUCUGGGCUCACGCCGCCGGCAGCCAUCAUUUUGUUCAGCAAAUAAUUGCAGACGUCACGCUUGGAUUGAUGGACAACCUACUGCCAGAGCCCGCCGAACUUGUGGAGUGCUCAGAGCCUCUUGAAUUUGUUAUCCGCGCACUGACGAAGCCUCAGCGCCAGAAGUGGGUGACCUUGCUGACCAGACUGCUACAAGGUCGGUGUCAGAGGUCCUACCAAAAGACAGUAUUGGAGCACCUCGCGCUCCUAUGGAGGGCUGAUGACGAUCCCAGACGAAGCUACGCAGAAGCAGACCAACAGCUACGGACUAUAUCACGACGUUCCAGCCACGAUGUGAUGCACGAGCUUCGCAGACUCCGCAUGUUCUGA